AUCAGAGGGGGAGAGUCACAGAGAUAUAUGGGAGAGUGACUGACACACAGGAGGAAACUACAGCCGGAGGAGCGGGAAACAAAAGGAGGAGAGCAGUAAAAUAAUAGCCAGCUUUACGGUUAAUUGAGCGCCUGACGUUCAGGUUUGCGGAGAUUCAGCGGAAGGAAAAGUUCAGAUCCCACGAACCAGCGCGUGGGAGUGGGAAGCAGGAUCGUGACUGACUGAGGCUGAAGCUCCACUGUCUGUCUCGUCAUGGCAGGACCUGGAGGUGACAUGCAGUGGUGCUUCUCUCAGGUGAAAGGAGCCAUUGAUGACGACGUAGCUGAAGCGGACAUCAUAUCCACAGUUGAGUUUAACCACACAGGGGAGCUGCUAGCCACAGGAGACAAGGGCGGUCGAGUUGUCAUUUUCCAGCAGGAAAUAGAGCAGAAUAAGAAUCAGCCUCAGUUCCGGAGCGAAUACAAUGUUUACAGCACUUUCCAGAGCCAUGAGCCCGAGUUCGACUACUUGAAGAGUUUGGAAAUAGAAGAGAAGAUCAACAAGAUCCGCUGGCUGCCUCAAAAGAAUGCCGCUCAGUUCCUGUUGUCAACUAAUGAUAAGACAAUCAAGUUGUGGAAAAUCAGUGAACGGGACAAGAGACCAGAGGGCUAUAAUCUCAAAGAGGAGGAUGGACGCUAUAAAGACCCCAACACUAUCGCAUCACUGCGGGUACCAGUUUUAAUACCCAUGGACCUCAUGGUAGAAGCCAGUCCUCGGAGGGUGUUUGCCAACGCUCACACCUACCAUAUCAACUCUAUCUCCGUCAACAGUGACAACGAGACUUACCUGUCUGCAGAUGAUCUCCGCAUCAACCUCUGGCACCUUGAGAUCACCGACCGCAGCUUCAACAUUGUUGACAUUAAACCGGCCAACAUGGAGGAGCUAACGGAGGUGAUCACAGCAGCAGAGUUCCACCCUCAUCAGUGUAACACUUUCGUCUACAGCAGCAGCAAAGGAACCAUCCGUUUGUGUGACAUGAGGGCUUCAGCGCUGUGUGACAAGCACUCCAAAUUGUUUGAGGAGCCAGAAGAUCCCAGUAACCGCUCCUUCUUCUCUGAGAUCAUAUCCUCCAUCUCAGAUGUAAAGUUUAGCCACAACGGACGCUACAUGAUGACCAGAGACUACUUGUCUGUUAAGAUCUGGGAUCUGAACAUGGAAAACAGGCCAGUGGAGACCUAUCAGGUUCAUGAGUACCUGAGGAGCAAGCUGUGUUCGCUGUAUGAGAACGACUGCAUCUUUGACAAGUUUGAAUGCUGCUGGAAUGGAAAUGACAGUGUGGUUAUGACUGGCUCAUACAACAACUUCUUCCGGAUGUUUGACCGCGGCCAGAGGCGGGAUGUAACCCUGGAGGCCUCCCGAGAAAACAGCAAGCCCAUGCAGGUCCUAAAGCCUCGCAAAGUGUGCGCAGGCGGCAAGCGCAAGAAGGAUGAAAUCAGCGUGGACAGUUUGGACUUCAACAAGAAGAUCCUUCACACUGCCUGGCACCCCCAGGACAACAUCAUCGCAGUGGCAACGACCAACAACCUCUACAUAUUCCAGGAUAAAGUGAAUUAACACCGGGGUUAGGUUAUGUGAGAUCUGGUGCGGGUGACGUCAUGUGUACUACCCCGCAGCCUCAUCCAGGGUGAUCCGCUGUAAUGCAGACAACCAGCAUCCCUGUCCGUCGCUACUGGGUGACCAGACUUUGCCACUUUGUUCUAGAUGUGGACAGAGGAAGCCUCGCUCUUGCCCAUCAUCAGCCUGUCUGUGGCAGAGUUAACACCUGCCUUGUUGUUUAAGUGAUGUUGUGCCAAUUUUUUUCCCCCCCUUUUUGGUAUGGCUUUUUUUUUGCCAGCCCACUUGCCCUUUUCUUCCCUGGGGUGACAUGGGUAAACAGUUUAAUUUCCUUAAAAUUCUGAAUACAGACACACUUAUUUUUAUAACUUUCCCCCCCAAUGGCUCUGUGGUAGAAAAUGAAAAAACACUUAUUUAGUAUGUCCCCUUAUUGUCCUGUGCCAUUGUAGUGUUUAUUUUUCUAAGAAAAAAAUUGCCAGUCUUUUUUUUGUGUGUAUACACCUUUUAUUAAUUCAUCCGUUAUACUGUCAUAGUAUUCUUUGAAUCUCUUCACAUGUCUCCCCUCGUUCAUUAAACCACGCAUACUCAUCAGUCACAAACGUAUGCUCACAGUUUUCUUUACGCACUUGCUGCUCUGUACAGGACAGCGACACCUCAGCGGUUGCCUCGAGGAGUUUGAAAACGACAGUGUUUUUUCACAGAUUUGAAAGCCCGGCCCAGUGAGGAGUUGUCCCGCUCACUGUUGUGUUUCUCAGGCUCUGGGUGGUCAAAUAGGUCCAGACUCCAGAAAAAGAUUUUCUCGUGUAUUGGCUCUGUCUUGACAUCUUUGUGCAACGGUUCCUCUUCCUCCUUUUGUUUGUGUUCGACAAUAGUCAGGUAUAAGAGAUAGCCUAUUCAAAGAUAAUUAUUAUGAUUGUCAUAUUUAUAUUAAAAAAAAAGUCAAAACGUCA